GGGAGAGAUCGAUAAGGCGAGAGCGGCGAGUUCCUUAAUCUGUGUUUGAGGAAGUAGCGCGAGGGAGGGCCGAGCGCGGCGCUGUGAGCUCGCGGCGCCGCCGGGGAUGCCGUCACUGCAGAGGUGAGCAGCGGGACCGGCCGGCACGCGGCAGGACUCCGGGGCCAGCAGCACGGGACGGGCGAGGAGGCGGGGAGACCCACGCGCGCAGGGGCUUCACGAUGGGAAGCAAGUACCACUGGCAGAGCCAGAAUGUCAAGCAGAGCGGAGUGGACGACAUGGUCCUCCUGUCCAAGAUCACGGAGGACGCCAUUGUGGAGAACCUCAAGAAGCGCUACAUGGACGAUUACAUCUUCACAUACAUUGGCUCUGUGCUGAUAUCCGUGAACCCUUUCAAACAGAUGCCAUAUUUCACUGACCGAGAAAUCGAGCUCUACCAGGGUGCGGCCCAGUACGAGAAUCCUCCCCAUAUCUACGCCCUGACCGACAACAUGUACCGGAACAUGCUCAUCGACGGGGAGAACCAGUGUGUUAUCAUCAGUGGGGAGAGCGGAGCGGGAAAGACAGUGGCUGCUAAAUACAUCAUGGGCUACAUCUCGAAAGUCUCCGGCGGAGGACCGAAAGUACAGCAUGUGAAAGACAUCAUCUUGCAAUCCAACCCUCUCCUGGAAGCCUUCGGGAAUGCCAAGACAGUGCGCAACAACAACUCCAGCCGAUUCGGGAAGUACUUUGAGAUCCAGUUCAGUCGGGGAGGGGAGCCAGACGGUGGUAAGAUUUCCAACUUCCUGCUGGAGAAGUCCAGGGUUGUCAGCCAGAAUGAGAACGAGAGGAACUUCCACAUCUACUACCAGGUGCUGGAAGGGGCGUCUCCACAGCAGACCGAGGCUCUUGGCAUCAUGACUCCAGACUACUACUUCUAUCUGAAUCAGUCGGGGACUUACAAAGUGGACGGGACCAACGAUAGCAAGGACUUUCAGGAAACGAUGGAAGCCAUGCAAGUGAUCGGCAUCUCCCCCAACAACCAGAAUCAGGUGCUCCAGAUCGUGGUGGGCAUCCUGCACCUGGGCAACAUCAGCUUCAUCGAGGCAGGCAACUACGGACAAGUGGAAAGCCAGGACUUGCUGGCCUUCCCUGCCUACCUGCUGGGGAUCGACCAGACCCGCCUGCAGGACAAGCUGACCAGCAGGAAGAUGGACAGCAAGUGGGGCGGCAAGUCGGAGUCCAUCAACGUGACGCUGAACCAGGAGCAGGCCUGCUACACACGCGACGCCCUGUCCAAGGCGCUCUACGCCCGCCUCUUCGACUUCCUGGUGGAGGCGAUUAACAAAGCUAUGCAGAAGCCAUAUGAGGAAUACAGUAUUGGAGUUCUGGAUAUCUAUGGGUUCGAGAUAUUUCAGAAAAACGGGUUCGAGCAAUUCUGCAUCAACUUUGUGAACGAGAAGCUGCAGCAGAUCUUCAUCGAGCUGACCCUGAAAGCUGAGCAGGAAGAGUAUGUCCAGGAGGGCAUCAAGUGGACACCCAUUGAAUAUUUCAAUAACAAAAUAGUGUGUGACCUCAUUGAGAACAAGCUGAGCCCGCCAGGGAUCAUGAGCGUCCUGGAUGACGUCUGCGCCACCAUGCACGCCAAGGGCGAGGGUGCGGACGCCACGCUGCUGCAGAAGCUGCAGGCGGCGGUGGGCACCCACGAGCACUUCAACAGCUGGAGCUCGGGCUUCUGCAUCCACCAUUACGCAGGCAAGGUGUCUUACGACGUUAACGGCUUCUGCGAGAGAAACCGCGAUGUGCUCUUCCCCGAUCUCAUCGAGCUGAUGCAGAGCAGUGAACACGACUUCAUCAGGAGCCUCUUCCCUGAGAACCUCAACACAGACAAGAAGGGCAGGCCCUCCACGGCCAGCAGUAAGAUCAAGAAACAAGCCAAUGACCUGGUCAACACCCUGAUGAAAUGUACACCACACUACAUCCGCUGCAUCAAACCCAACGAGACCAAGAGGCCCAAAGACUGGGAGGAGAGCAGGGUGAAGCACCAGGUGGAGUACCUGGGCCUGCGGGAGAACAUCCGGGUGAGACGCGCUGGUUUCGCCUACCGCAGGAUCUUUGGCAAGUUCCUACAGAGGUAUGCCAUCCUCACUCCACAAACCUGGCCCUGCUGGCGUGGCGACGAGCGCCAGGGCGUCGAGCACCUCUUGCGCUCUGUCAACAUGGACUCCGACCAGUACCAGAUGGGGCGCACCAAGGUGUUCGUGAAGAACCCAGAGUCGCUGUUCCUGUUGGAGGAGAUGAGGGAGCGCAAGUUCGACACCUUCGCGAGGACUAUUCAGAAAGCCUGGAGGAAGUACAUUGCCAGGAGGAAAUACGAGCAGAUGCGGGAGGAGGCCUCCGACAUCCUGUACAACUCGAAGGAGAGGCGCAGGAACAGCAUCAACAGGAACUUUGUGGGAGAUUACUUGGGCAUGGAGGACAAGCCCGAACUGCGCCAGUUCUUGGGCAAGAGGGAGCGCGUGGACUUCGCUGACUCCGUCAACAAGUACGACAGGAGGUUUAAGUCCAUAAAGCGGGAUCUGAUCCUGACCCCCAAGGGCAUUUACCUGAUUGGUCGAGAGAAGGUGAAGAAGGGUCCGGAGAAGGGUCAGAUCAAGGAGGUCCUGAAGAGGAAGCUGGAGAUCGCCAGCAUCUGCAGCGUGUCAUUAAGCUCGCGGCAGGACGACUUCUUCGUGCUGCACGAGGCCGAGUACGACAGCCUGCUGGAGUCCAACUUCAAGACCGAGUUCCUCAGCCUGCUGUGCAAGCGCUUCGAGGAGCUAACAAAGAGCAAGCUGGCGCUGCGCUUCUCCGACCGGAUCGAUUUCAAGGUGAAGAAGGAGGGCUGGGGUGGCGGGGGCUCGCGCUGCGUGGUGGUACAGCGCGGCCAGGGGGACCUGGCGCAGCUCAAGCCCAGCGGAAAGACCCUCACCAUCACCAUUGGGGAUGGCCUGCCCAAGACCGCCAAGCCCACAAGGAAAGGAGCUCCACAGAGCCGAGGUGGGGGGCGGAGCCGAGCCCCACAAAGACCCGCCCCCUCUGCCCCUAGCGGGGCUCACCAGAACGGGGCAGCCCAGUUCCCCCGCGGCAACGCGCCGGAGCGGAACCCCACUUACACCAUGCCCCAGAAGCAGGGCCGAGGCCCCCCCGCGGCUGCUCUCCCCAAGAGUGGCGCUAGAAAGUCCAAGAAGGUGUCCCCUCAGAGCAACACCUCGGGCAACCUGGACUUCCUCAACGUGCCGGACCAGGGCGUUGCAGGGAUGCAGAGGAAAAAGAGCAUCAGUCAGCACCGGCCGCCUCCAGCCCCUACGGGACGUCCCAAGCCCCAGGCCCGGCCCCAGGGGCCACGCUGCCGGGCGGUGUAUCAGUACGCGGGGCAGGACGUGGACGAACUCAGCUUCAACGUCAACGACGUCAUCGACAUUCUCAACGAAGACCCGUCUGGAUGGUGGAGGGGACGGUUUCAAGGCAAAGAGGGACUUUUUCCCGGGAACUAUGUGGAGAAGAUCUGAGAUAUAUUGCCUGGCCUCCCCCAGCUUGUCCUGAAUUUGUCCUGCGAGCUCCGAGACGAGAUUUGAAAUACAAGUAUUCUUACAGACCCCGGUGCUGGGGUCGAAGGGGCUGUUUUGCACAGUGUCUGCUGUUACUUUCUGCCCCGGAGCAGCACGUGCCCCUGUUGCGGGGGGAAGGUGGGAGAGACUCCUCCCGCUUGUAUUUCCAGCAGUCCUUCCUCUCAGCCUCAGGACUGCCGGCAGCCAUGGGAUCAAACCACAGGCGUUCGAAACUCAGCUUCGUCUAAAGUACCACAAAUGCCAACCAUGUCCGUUUCUGCGAAUGGCCCAAAAACAGAGCAGAUUCCCUGAGAUGAGUUCUCAUCCCUACAUUUUUUAUCCUGUUUCAUGAAAAAUACAUCUCUAUAAAAUGAUCCUGAUUCUUUAAGCCCCUGCUGAAGAUAUUUGGAGAAAUUUGAGGGAGAUUUAAUUUUGGAAGGGUUAGAAGUAACUGGAUGCUGUUUUGUAAUCCGGCACUUUGUGAAUCUUCUAAAAGCCUGUGUAUCUCUGGCCCUCAAGGUUUUUCUUUUUUGUUGCUUAAAAUGUUUUGUUGUUUUCAAUCCAGCUAAAAGCCACUUCAAGUAGACCCACACCUGGUGUACUGUACCCUCGAGAAGACGUGGAGUAAUAUCUAAACAAAGAUAGCGUGCAAAAAAUGUCAAUGAGCCUCUCUUUCAACUGGGAAUAAUGUAACAGGACAAUUGCUUUUUAAAAGUUUAUAAAUGAAAAGCAGAAAAUCGCUGCCACUGCUGGUUAACCCAGAAAACUGCUAAAACUGAGCCUCGCCUGUAAUUCACAUUAUGGACACUAGAUGGUGCUGUUUGCCACACUGACGCUUGACGGCUUGCAUACCUUAAAUAACACCCGAAUAAGGCUCCACAGCCGAAAGGUUGUGUUUCUUUUCCUCUCUUUUCAGCAUGGAAUAAACCUUUACUCCUUCCUUUGUACCCUAAAUAACAGUCUCGCUUGAAGGGACGGUCCAAGGCUCCGCACUUCAGUCAGCAUUCAUACAGAGGUUCAUUUUAGACAGAAAUGCUUUCGGUGAUGCAGAACCUGUAUACAGUCUUGGACAAUAUGUUCUGUCAUAUUUCCAAAUUAGUUUAAAAAAUGUAGUUAUAAAAAAAGUCUUUAUAUACUGUUAGCAGAAACUGUUAACAGUUUUGUCUAAAUUAAAGUGAAAAUUAUGCCUGUCAACUACAGUACACCACAGUGCCAGCUAUACAUCUCUGAAGACAGAACACAGAAAAUGGCACUAACUUCUUUGUACGAAACCGACUGACUCCUAGGACUCCCAGCGAGGACUACAUCGCGCGAGCAGAGCUCCGGGAUCUGGGGCUCGGGGAGUCGGCUGUCCGAGAGUUUCACUGGGACAGAGAAGCACGAGCAUUUCUGUUUUUCUCAUAUGGAUUUUUAAAAUAGGUGAUCGAAAUAACGACAAAAACGCAUGUAUGCGAUGCAGUUAAAUCGUGAAGGAAGGCUCACUAUGAAUACUGCACAGUGUUGGUAGGGGAGCUAAGGGUUAGAUCCAACAUAACAUUUCAGAGAACGUUUUUAUGAGGGACUGGUAUGGUAUUGGGUGGGGGUCACGGAUUUUAUAUAAAAGGAAGACGAGAGCUGCUUUGCUGCUGGACGAGGCUUAUUAACUGAGUCACACGCCGCUACGUCAACGGGAAUGAAGACGUCACUGCGAAGUGAUGACGCAAUAAAGGCUCGUGGAAACGCAGUGGCAUCCCUCAGUUCAAAGGUCAUGACACAUUCCACCUGAAUUCCUCCUCUCGAACUGCUUCCGGCGAUCAUAAAUAAUCCAUCUGACCCCACCUUUUCCGAGUCUCAAUCGUAGAUUCUUUAUUCAAGAUGCAAGCCGUGUAUCUCCCAUGUCUCCUGCAUGAAGAUGAAGUCUAAAAUCACAAGAAAAAAAAACCCAAAAUUCACUUGGAGAAGAUCCACAUCUGUGUGGAACUGCGUGUCGUUUUUAUGUGCUUCUGGCACCCGGUAAACAGACUCACCUUCUUUCACAAAAGCAUCCAAAAAGGCUUUGCUAGAACACCGGUACAAUUCAAUCACCUGCGAGAAAUGAAGUUUAUUUAAAGCGCGAGCUGUUGACAUAGCAGACUCGUAUUUUAGUUUCGGUUUGUAAAAAAAACAAACAAAUAUUUUCACUGAAAAAUGUAAGCGCCAAGCUUUUAACUCGGCAGGACUCUGCUGGGAUCAGCAACUCUGCGGAAGCCUAAUUUGUAUUUCAAUGAAAACACCUUUAUCUAAAUGAAACAAGUAUUUGCACAGUGUAAGGGGCGCCUUCUGAGCCACACACAGUACGCAGUGUGGGGACAGGCCGACGGAACCGAACCGAGCCUUGGAUCGCGAGGUGGGUUCUGGUGAAAACUACAUCACACGAGUGGGGGAUUAUUUUCGCUAAUUUGGGGCUUUUUUACACGUCCACUGCCUCGGUGGGCCACUCGUUCACGGGACCGCAGCUGCGCUUCACGCCGGCCUCGGCAGUCUCCGUGACUCGAGCAGGUGCCCACUGUGGGCUCCAUUCCCCGUGAGUUCGGGGUCUGGCCUGAAGCGGGGUGCUGCUUAGCUUUAAACGGCAACUAUGUUAUCUUCCAUUUAUACUAACCUUUGUAGUAUAUUUCCCCGAGGCCUCUUGCGGUAACAGUACUGUACUCACAAUCAGAUUUUGAUGAUGGAUCUAUUCUCUCAGUUUUCUGGACUGAAAAAUUAAGUUUAAGAUUAAAAUAAUGUUUUGAACUACA